UCCCACAAUCAAGUGCUUCUAUUGCUGCAGUACAUCAUCGAAAGUUCGAGCGAAAUCAUCACCCUAAAAAUGGGCAGCAAAUGGUGCCGCACCAGUUUGGUCGCCCGUGAAGAAUUUGUUAUUGUGCCCGAUCAACUCCCUCCAUCGAGGAGAUAGUGCGUCGCCGUCGUUUCGUGGCGAAGGAAAAAAAGGUUGGAAUUUCCAGCCCUGUUACGAAGAAGUUGUGAACAGAAGAAUUGAGCCGUAUGCUGUGAAGAAGAAAUUGAAGUAAACGUAGCAAAUAAAACUACACGGCAGUGGAAACACACGCGCUCCACAAGUUUUAGUGUGGCAUCGUCAUCGCCGUCUUUACGACAAGUGCACCGUACUGUGUGUGGUGUGUGGAUAAUUGUUUUUAAUUUAGCAACACGACACAACACCUCCUCGCUACUGCCGGGUGGCAGCCAGUAGCAUACGACCCCAGCAGGGCCAUGGCAGACCAGAACGAAAAAAUUCUUCACCGUCUGUUGCAACAGGACGGGAACAGCAUCUGUGCGGAUUGUGAUUCGAAAAAUCUAGAAUGGGCGUCAUACAACAUCGGAAUAUUCCUGUGCACUCGUUGCUGUGCAGUCCAUCGCAGCAUGGGCGCCCACAUAUCGAAAGUAAAGCAUCUUAAACUGGACAAGUGGGAGGACAGCCAGAUCCAACGCAUGAUCGAGGUCGGUAACAGGGCGGCGAGACUGAAAUACGAGAACCGAGUACCUGCAUGCUACCGAAGACCAAAAGAAAACGAUCCACAAGUGCUAAUCGAACAAUGGAUAAGGGCAAAGUAUGAACGGUUGGAAUUUUGUAUGAUUGAACGUCCGAGCUACACAUCCGGCCGGAUGGAAGGAUUCCUGAUGAAGCGCGGUAAAGAGGACAGUCGCUACCAGCCAAGGAAAUUCGUGUUGUCCGGAUUACAGGACACGUUACGCUACUACGUGAGAGAAAAGCGCGAACCAAAGGCGGUACUGCGGAUAUCGGAACUGAACGUGGUGUACGCACCUUCCAAAAUUGGCAAUCCAAACUCUCUGCAGCUAACAUUCAUGAAAGAAGGCACCACACGUCACAUUUACGUUUAUCACGACGAUCCAGAAGUUAUCAAUAACUGGUACAUGGCGAUACGAUGCGCGAAACUACACCGACUCCAGAUCGCCUUCCCGAGCGCAUCCGAGAGCGAUCUCGUUGAUCUGCUAACGCACGAUUUCACCCGCGAAGGUUGGCUACUGAAGACGGGGCCACGGGCAACCGAUAGUUAUAAACGACGCUGGUUUACGCUCGAUGAUCGGAAGUUAAUGUACCACGAUGAUCAGCUCGAUGCGCAUCCGAAGGGGGAAAUCUUUCUCGGCAAUCAGCUUGACGGUUACAGCGUCCGAAUAGGGGCGCCACCCGGUGCCAAAGAUCAAGGUUUCAGCUUUACGCUCUUUACACCGGAACGCGUGUACAAUAUGUCGUCGCACAGUGAGCAAGAUCGGGACGAGUGGAUUGCCGCAAUACAGACUGUACUGGAACGACCGCUUAGUCCGCAGGACAACUCAAUAUCUGCGCGACUUAUACGCAAGCGUGGUGGAACCAACCCAAAGAGUAUCUUUACGGGUAGGUAAUAUAGCGUACAAAACACCUUAUCCAACGAUAUGGCGCUAUUAUGAGAUACGACAACGAGGUCGAAUGUUUUCUUUUCAUGAUGUGCUCGCUUCACUCUGCUUCGUACUGAUUGGUCAAACAGAUACCAUUACCAUUGGUAGGACAUUGUAACUCAAACCAUAGUCGUAACAUUUUAUUCUUCAUCUGGAUUAUGCCGGGUAAAACGGAACAUAUAUAGGAAACUUUAAACAUAUAUAGUUUAUUAUCAUGCAACUCUUUUUAAUAGCCGGAAAGUAAUUCAACCCAAAAGUGGGUAAACGGUCGUUAAAAGAGACAGGGCAUCGAUCAAUUUGGAUCUUUUCUCUUCUUUCUAGACAUUAGCUGACGCACAUUUUCAAUUAUUUACUUGUCCUCAUGUUUACAAACAAGAUGCAAUAUCCGGCUGGAUGGUAUUUAUUUUCAUACUGUUCCUUCAUUACUUUUGUGAAAAGAUGGAAUGCUACCUAAAGAUAAACCGCAACAGAAGACAUUAAUUAUUACAAGAUGAAUAUGAUGUCAGUCCUAGACAUAGGGAUUCUGGAUUAGUUGAGCGCGUAAAUGAUCUAUUUAUUGACGUCGACAGAGACUACCUAAGGUACCGAAGAAGGGCAUCAAACAGACGAGAGCUCGCUGGGAAAUACUCAGCCAAUGUAAACUUCUAGGAUGGUUUUGAAUAGGUAAAGCCAGCAGGUUUAUGUGAGUUUAUUUUGCUAAUUUGUUUUUUAAUCUCGCCAGAUAAAAUGCUGAAGUUUUCUUUUUUUGAUACUUCCGCUCUAUUUAUCUUUCUCUUCCUGUUUAAAGCACACAGAUGCACAAAAGGAAACAUACUAGUAAUUAAACAAGGCACGCAUUUUUUAUGCAACAUUUUAGAGCAAGAACAAAUAUCCUAUAGCAAAGCGGCGCAUUAUUGUGGAUAGCACAAGGCACUGUUUCAUUUCUGUUUGAUGAAUGGGAAUUUUCGCUACAUAAUCGGAACAUUGUGGAGAAAGUAACGGGAAAUUAGGAAAAAAGAGGCAAACAUUUGAAACUAAACAGGAUGAAUAAGUUAGUGAAAACGUUCUACUCUCUAAACCACAAAGGGGGAAACAAAAAUCAAAUUUAGAAGUACAUUUUGCUUACAAGUCUCGUAAGCACAUUAGAUAGGCAACAUUAAAAUUGAUCUAAGGUCGUUCCGUAACUCUAAACAAUCGUAAACAAAGCGGCGAAAGAGAAGAUGAAAUUAGCUGUUGAAAAUAACUUUCUCACCACGAGACAACGGAAGCAAUUUGGCCAAACGUGUGAUUGCGUGUACGUAGUUUAUAUCGCUGGCACUAUACUAACACGUGGUUCCUAGCCCCUGGUGGCGCGAAUGGCUCUUAGCAGCUGACAGCUACCGAUGCAACUUGCCGUUAACGUUCAGUGUUCAGCGCCGGUUUUAGCGUGUUUUUUUCUUUUUUAUAAUACAAUGUUGCACCACACAAACACACAAAACAACUCUCAGAAACUCUGCUCAAACUCUUUGUUUUAUUGACGAAGAUGUGUGAAACCAAACA